ACCCCUUACUUGGCCCCUUUUAGGUCGAUUCGUCUUCGUGGGACGCAACCCCUCUCACCUUUCUGCUCUCCUCUCUCUCCCUACCUUCCCGAGGCCGCCGUUCCCAAGAUUAGUUACGCCAUAGCUCGCUUCCCUGGAGCCCGCCGAUCGCCAGCUGGCGGGACACUCCACUCCGCUCGGAUCCUGGUCGCAGCUUGGAGAUCCGGACUGGCAUUUUUCCUGGUAGGGUGGUCAGCGGCGAGAAAAAAAGGUUGUUUUUUGGCUGAGUCUCUGAGCUCCGGAGGCUUCCAUCUUGGAUGACGUCUCCCUAAAAGGCACAAUUGCAAUAGUUUGACCUGCCUGCCUUCGAUGCCUUUGCCGGCGGUGGGCUAAGAUAAGCUGGCAUACUGUCUCUGUCUGUUGAAAUUUCUCAACUAGGAGGGUGAUGGGGUCGUCCGGUUGCAGCUCUGAGAUAGUUGAGUCCAACGAAGACUUGGGUAAUGCGCCCGUUAGUGGCUCCAGCGUGCUGCAUAUCAAUGUGAAAACUGAGGAGAAAGAUGGAAGACGUCGUGGUCAUCCUGUGGAAGAUGAGCUCGACCAGCUUCUUAAGGCGAUUGAUAGCAGGACUUACUGUCGAGCACUUAGCCCCGGCCAGGCCGGGGCAGAUUCUUUGUUGAAGCAUGGUCAAAAGACACCUAGGUCAGGGUCAUCUCAAAUUGCAGUCCCUGGGAUAUGCUCCAAACCUGUCAAUAUGAAGCAGGCACUGAGAAGGCAUUGCAUUUCCCAGGCGUCAGAAAUGGCUGCAAUGAAGAGGUUGUCGAUGUCGCCUGGGUCAUCAAGUUCAUCGGAAGCAGGGACUAUCCACAGGCUUUAUGCCUCCUUGAUGGUUCAGAGCAGUGAUGGAAGCCUUGUGCAUGAUGAUAAAAAGAACUUGAUUGAGAUAUCAAUCACUCCAGAAAAGAUUAGUAAGAAUCUAUCUAGAGGAACAAGUGGCUUUAGUGAAGACUGUGAUUUUGAGACAGCUGAUGGAAGUGCAGUCACCUCCAUCCAUUCUGCAUCUUCUACCUCAAUUGAUAUACAAAAGGUCAGGAUCCAAGAUGUCAUCAGUGGUGACCCUGUAGAAAGUGAGAGCUCCAUUGUGCAAAAUGGAAAAACGCAUAAACAAGUUUCUGCGGCUACUGAUGAUAGUCCAUCCAGAAUCCCCAUAUUGAUCAAACCCAUCACAACAUCCCGGCUCGUGAAGCCAGUUUUUCGAUGCAAAACCAGCAGUAAGAGUAAAAUGAAAGAAGAACAACCUUCACUUGGUAAUUCUUCCAAUAGUACUAAAUUCUGCUCUUCAAAGGAAUCCAUUUCCCAUGUAUCAACCAGCUCCUCGUCGGUGUCCAGCAUUAGUAAUCCCACCAGCUGUGCAGAAGGGGAGAUAAAUCCAGGACCAGAAAAAUGUGAUGAGAGGUCGUCUGAAUGGCUAACAUUGGAAAAAGGUGAGUGCUCCCAGAAUUCGAAGAGCAGCAUUAGUGAGUAUGGAUGUAGCACUAGUAUCAGCGAUGAGAGCCAAUUUGGCUUAUGUGGCUAUAACAACAGGCCCCAUAUGGUGAAGGAUCUCUGUUGGAUAACCAUUCGCCAGUUGGCGUUGCAACAGGGACCCUUAGGACUUGACAACUUUAGGCUUCUGAAGAGGCUUGGAUGUGGGGAUAUCGGGACUGUGUAUCUUGCAGAAUUGGUUGAUUCAGAUUGCUUGUUUGCUUUGAAGGUUAUGGAUAUUGAGUACCUGAUUAGUAGGAAAAAGAUGCUACGAGCACAGGCUGAGAGAGAGAUACUAGAAAUGCUGGAUCAUCCUUUUCUUCCUACUCUUUAUGCCCAUUUUACGACAGACAAUCUCUCAUGCUUAGUCAUGGAGUACUGUCCGGGUGGUGAUUUGCACGUUCUUCGUCAAAGACAACCCGGUAGAAGCUUCCCAGAGCCAUCUGCGAGGUUUUAUGUUGCAGAAGUUCUCCUCGCGCUGGAAUAUCUUCACAUGCUGGGAGUCAUAUACCGUGAUCUUAAGCCAGAGAAUAUCCUGGUCCGCGAUGAUGGUCACAUCAUGCUAUCAGAUUUUGAUCUCUCGUUAAGGUGUUCUGUUAGCGCCGUGCUCCUCCGGUCAUCCUCGGUAGCAGCGAAUCACCAACCAAAGAAGCUUACAAGCCCUUGUGCAGAGAGCUACUGCAUCAACUCGUCGUGCCUCCAGCCCUCUUGUGCCCAAACGUCUUGUUUCAGGCCACGCCCCUGGGUACCGAGGCCUAGGAAGCCUAAAUCUUCCCUGAAGAGGCUGCCUCAACUUGUUGUGGAGCCUACAGAAGCACGCUCCAAUUCCUUUGUUGGCACACAUGAGUAUCUUGCACCAGAAAUCAUCAAAGGGGAUGGUCACGGGAGUGCUGUUGACUGGUGGACGUUUGGUGUGUUCCUUUAUGAACUUUUGUAUGGUAGGACACCCUUCAGAGGUCCUGGGAAUGAUGAAACAUUGGCAAAUGUUGUUUCCCAGAAUCUCCGGUUCCCGGAUAACCCGGUUGUCAGCAGCAAUGCAAAGGAUCUCAUCAGAGGAUUGCUAGUCAAGGAGCCGGAGAACAGGCUGGGAACGUUGAGAGGAGCAGCUGAAAUCAAGCAGCACCCUUUCUUUGAAGGGCUGAACUGGGCCUUGAUACGAUCUGCUGCCCCACCAGAGACACGGCCUUGCGAUGUCGUGACUCUUGCGACGGUGCGGAAGAAGAAAGAAGGCAAAUGUCUGGACUUCAGGAGCCCCGAGGAGCUGGAGUUUGAAGUUUUCUAGUGAGGUCUUGGUACAGUUUAGCACAAUUUCUGCCGAUAGUCUACAAUUUUUCUGUUGAGUAGGUAAAGGUUGGGGCUGUCUGUACAUUGUAGAUUCUUGUAUGCUCAGUUGCUGCUAUAUUCCUGUGAAUAGAUCACUUUUCUUAAUUGAAAGGAACAAUCAGAGCCCAUGGCAUCAUUGCCGUUGCGUCUA